UAAGGAAUUAAAAGUAUUAAGAAUAGGACCACAUGAUUCAUGUUUGCACAAAAGUGGUAUAAAUAUCUACGAAUAUAAUGAUGAGUUGCUGGAUCCCAAUCCAUUUCCUAAUUUUACUGUUUUAAUGUCAAAAAAGAUGACAGUUCCUAAAGUGGGGGUUUCUCAAUGGCUGGAACAAACAAAGAACACACAAAAGCAGGGAGAAGAACAAGGCAUGGCAUCUCAUGUGCAUCCAUACAUCUUCACCAUACCAGAGCCCCUGUGUAUUGAAAGGCCAGAUGCGUAUAUACCACAGGUAGUUUCUCUUGGACCAUACCAUCAUCUUAAACUUGAACUGUUUGAGUCUGAAAGAUACAAAUCUAAGCUUACUAUCCAAGUUGAGAAAAAAGCAAAGGGAGGGGCUUUUGAGGAUUUGGUUAAAGAUCUAACUAAUAUUGCAGGGGAGAUAAGGAAUAGCUACAAUGAUGAAAUUGAAUGUGGAGAUGAAGUAUUAGGAUGGAUGAUGGCUCGAGAUGCUGUAUUUAUCCUGGAGUUUAUUGGUUGUUAUGACCAAUAUGAAAGCCCUAGAAUUCAACAGACAAACCCUUAUUUUCAGAACAUGGAAGCUGUUUUUCAUCCAGAAAGGAAGAGCCCUUUGUUCUUCCCACUUCGGGCGGAUAUAUUUAAGCUGGAGAACCAAAUCCCACUUUUUGUUUUGAAAAAAGUUUUGGAAUGGCAAACUGGGUCAGAUAGUCAAGCUUUAAACACGCUUCAAAUGACUAUUUCAAGUGCCUGUAAAAAUUUCUCCCCUUUCAAGCAUGUUGGAGAUUCUUAUCGUUCUUUUACACGAGAAUCCUAUAAUGAUUUGCUUGAUGAGAGGCACAUACUGGAAUGCCUUUAUAAUUUCAUCGUGCCGAAGACAAAUCCUGCUCGGAGUAGUGUCACCAUCGGAGAUGAUCAUAAUGGAAUUGUACCGAUGAGCGCUGCUUUUAAGUUUCUUCAUCAGAUGACAUCAAGAUUUAGGGGUUUUUUGUCCCAAAAAUCACGUAAAGCUGACAUAAAUCUCCCAGCAGCAGCAGAAUUACACAGGAGAGGGGUGAAAUUUUCUCCUUUCACAUGGGCAUCCGAAGAGAUAAGGUUUGAUAGAGCCAGCUCUACAUUGUUCCUCCCUUGUAUAGAGAUGGAUUACAAAACAGAUGUUUUCUUGAGGAAUAUGGUGGCACUGGAAGCAUUCAUGAAGUGGAAAAGUAGAGUGUUUACUUGCUAUGCAGACCUGAUGGACAGAUUGGUCGACACUCCUAAUGAUGUUGCAGUUCUGAAGAAAUAUGGUAUCAUCCAUAGUAGUUUAGGAAGUGAUAAAGAGAUAAGCAUUCUAUGGAAUGGUAUCCGCAGAUCAAUAUGGAGGAGCCCAUAUGAUCCUAUCGACAAUACAAUCAAUGCUGUAAAUGAAUAUUACAGAAGUAGGUAUGGAGUUCUAUUUGGUGAACUCGUACAAGAACAUUUUUCAAAGCCAUGGCGAGCUGCAUCAGUGAUGGGAGCAUGCACUUUGCUCAUUCUGACUUUCGUGCAGACAUUAUUAUCAUAUUUUCAACUUCAUCAACAAUGUGAAUGCAAGUGCACAUAAAUUCCCUUUACAGUAUUUCAUGCUUGAGGCUUUAAUUCCUGCUUUCUGUAAUACAUUCCCGGUUGUGAGUUCAAGGCCUAGCCAGUCCAGCUUUGUGUAGGUCAUGAUCACCACAUAUAUAUAAAUAUAGAUAUAUAUUAAUUUGGUUG